GCUUCAGCUUCUUGCAUUCAGCCACAUUGCUCCUCGAUGCAUAAUAAUACGCCUCUUCGAAGCCAUGGAGCCUACAAGCCAAGCAUAUGGAGUUACGAUUUUAUUCAGUCCUUGAAGAUUGAUCAUAAUACCCUACAGGAUAAAGUAUACAAGGAUGGGUGGAAGUUCAUUGAAGAGAAAGUUAAGCAUAUGAUUGAUUACGAUGAUGAUGAUACCAACACGCUGACUGCGCUUGAGCUCAUAGAUGACAUCCAACGGUUAGGUUUGGGAUAUCACUUUGAAGAGGACAUAACGAGAGCCCUUGAUAAAAUAUUGAACAACAUUGAUGGCCAGGGAACUGACCAGAGUCUCCACCUCACUGCCCUCAGCUUUAGGCUCCUUAGACAACAUGGAUUUGAGGUCUCCCAGUAUGUAUUCAGUAAGUUCACGGACGGUAAUGGAAGUUUCAAGGCAUGGCUUUGCAAGGAUGUAAAAGGAAUGUUGAGUCUAUACGAAGCUUCAUAUUUUGCUUUCGAAGGAGAGAGCCUGUUGGAUGAGGGCCUUGCAUUCUCAACCAUUUGUCUCAAGAACCUCAGUGGAGCUAAUGUUACCAAAGGACUAGCAGAACAAGUGAGUCAUGCACUGGAACUUCCACUGCACCAUAGAAUGCAAAGAUUAGAAGCUAGACGGUAUAUUGAGGCAUACAGUGAAAGGCCCGAUGCAAAUCAGGUGCUACUUGAAAUUGCCAAGCGAGAUUUUAACUGGGUGCAAUGCACACUCCAAAGGGAUCUUCAAGAAGUAUCGAGGUGGUGGGUGGAUAUAGGCUUGGCAAAAAAGUUGAGCUUCACCAGAGACAGAUUGAUGGAGUGCUUUUUUUGGUCGGUUGGAAUCGUCUUUGAACCUCAACAGAGUCAUGCCAGGAAAGGGCUGGCAAAAGUGGCUGCUCUAGUAACCACAAUUGAUGAUGUCUAUGAUGUUUAUGGUACUUUGGAUGAACUAGAGCUUUUUACAUCUGCAGUUGAAAGAUGGGAUAUCAAAGCUAUACAAACUCUCCCAAAUUACAUGAAGCUUUGUUUUCUAGCUCUUUACAACACAGUGAAUGAGAUGGUUUAUGACACUUUAAAGGAGCAAGGAGAAAACAUUCUCCCUUAUGUCACAAAAGCUUGGGCUGAUUUGUGCAAAGCAUUUCUAAAGGAGACAACAUGGUGCUAUAACAAGCACACACCCACAUUUGAAGAAUAUAUUGACAAUGCAUGGAUAUCAGUCUCUGGGGUGGUGUUCUUGGUUCAUACAUAUUUUCUUCUCAACCCAAAGGUCACAAAGCAAGCACUUGAAUGCUUAGAGAAUCAUCACAGCCUCUUGCGUUGGCCAUCUCUUAUUUUCCGGCUUUCCAAUGAUUUGAGUACUUCAACAGCAGAAGUGGAGAGAGGAGAAACUGCGAACUCAAUCUCAUGCAUGAUGCGUGGCAGUCUAAAUGUUUCUGAGGAAUCUGCUCGUCAAUAUAUAAGUAAUUUGGUUGAAAAUAGUUGGAAGAAGCUGAACAAAGAUGGAGCUUCUGCAUCUCCAUUUACAAAACAAUUUGUAAAAGCAGCAAUAAACCUUGCUCGGAUUUCCCAGUGCGUAUACCAGUAUGGUGAUGGGCACGGAGCUCCAGACACAAGAGCAAAGAAUCGAAUCAUAUCAGUGAUUGUCGAUCCCAUUUAAAGACCAUAACACAUACACUUAUAUAUGUUUGAUGGUUUUCCCUUAAAAAAAAUAAUAUGUUGGAUGGUUAUUAGCCACUAACAUAGUGGCAUUUA